AUGGCAUGGGCGAGUAAGGUGCUUGCCGAGGGAGGUGGCCCGGCGGGAGAGGAGGAGGCGGUCGCCGUACCGCGGCGCGGAGGGCUGGCGGCCCUCCUCGCCCCCGCCGUAUACUCAGCUAUCAACGGGACCGCCGUCCCCAUUCCGGGAGAGACGGCCGGCGAGGAGGCCGUCGAAAAGAUGGCGGCCAGCACCCCGGAGGGUGCCGCCUGCCCCUCGCCGCCCGCCGACGACCACCACGGGAUGCCGCCGUCGUCGCCGCCGCAGCCCGCCGGUGAGGGGGAGAUGACGGCAACCUCGGCGGCCCCAGCGAAGGCAGAAGAAGGGCGCCAGGAGCAGCGUCGGGAGCGCCGCCGAAGACAGGCGGCGCAGGAUGCCGCCGCAGCAAGCGCCGCCGAAGAGGCCCGCCUGACGGAAGGGAGGCGGAGGAAGGCGUUGAAGGCGCGCUACCGCCGGGAGAGGGCCCGAGCGAGGGUGACGACCCGAGAGGCGGCGGCCGCAGCGCUGCCCUCAUCAACGCCGCCGGAUCCGUCACCCGCUCGUGCGCUCCCGGCCGCCGUGAGCGCGCCGCCGGCGAGAGCCUCCGCUUCCGCAAUUCCGCCCGCUGUCAGGACAUCGGCGGCGGGGCACGCCGAUACCGCUGCCACCCGAUGGGGGCCCGGCGGACGCCCGGGGCGGCACCUUUUUGAGGGUGCCGCACUCCAGGCGGGGGCCGGACCCCACGGGUCGGGGCCGCGGCCUGGAUCGCCGUCGCUAUGGGGGCCGCCGGUCGGAUCGUCGUCGGGGCCGCCGGUCGGAUCGUCGUCGGGGCCGCCGGUCGAUCUCCGCCUCCCUCGCCGCCGCUCCGUGCCUGCGUCGGGGGAGCACAGUCCGUCUCACAACGACGGAGCACGGCCGGACCGCCGCGCGCUCGAUGGGACGGCGAUGGUCGGCCGUCGCCUGAGGCACGGUCGUCGUCCGGGUGGAGGCCGGCGCGUCGGCGGGGCCGCGCAGAUACCCGACGGAAGUCACCCGAAACGACGGGUUAUCUCCGUCGGGCACUCGCGCCCAUUGCUCCCGCCGGUAGUCGCUCCGCUUGUUAUGGGGCCGCUCCCGGAGGUGCCGCGCCAGCCGAUGCUCGACCCCCGCCGGACACCGGAAGUCGCACCCGCCGAUAGGGCACAGCACUACCGGCCCACGACGCGUAUGCAGCUCCGCGUCAUGGGCACGUGCGUGCAGCGUGGGGCGGUCGCAGGCCAGGCACCAAGCCCAGCGAUGACGAUCCGACCGGCGGCCCCCAUAGCGACGGCGAUCCGAGGCGGCGGCCCCGACGACGAUCCGACCGGCGGCCCCCAUAGCGACGGCGAUCCAGGCGGCGGCCCCGACGACGAUCCGACCGGCGGCCCCCAUAGCGACGGCGAUCCAGGCGACGGCCCCGACGACGAUCCGACCGGCGGCUCCCCCGAGAGCCCUCGCAGCAGCAGCGACGGCGGNUCUUCUCUAGGGGAUGACUUAAUCAUCCCCUAG